GCCUGCAGUAAUCAAGCCGCUGAUUAUGGCGGCCUUGGGAGACCAUUUUUCGUUAUCUUUAGAUUUUAGCUCAGAAAAGCUCGGUCCUGACUUUCUCUGGUAUAAUCCGCCACAGCACUAUAAACUACGUUGUAAUGGUGACACAGGUUUAAAAGUGUUUUCGAAAGAACAAACAGAUUUUUGGAAGAGAACUUAUUACAAUCCACAAAUCAUUAAGGAUGAUGGCCACUUACUUCAUCUUGUGGUGAAACAGAUGAACAGUGUUAUUGAAACAUCAUUUGAACUCAAAGCUCUAAACCAGUUUGAUCAGGCUGGUAUUAUGGUCCGAGUAGAUGGUGAUCACUGGAUAAAAACUGGUCUGGAGUAUGUGGAUGGACAAUGUUGCAUGAGCUGUGUUGUGACAAACAAGUGGAGUGAUUGGUCAACACAGUCAUGGAAUAGCAACAAACUAGCUCUUAGGGUUCACAAGAUAAAUGAUGAUUAUGUUAUUGAGAGUAAAUUACCAGAUGGAAGCCCUGAUGACUGGAAGUUUGUCCGUAUUGCUCACCUUGAGUCAGGUGGUAAUGCAGUAAAGAUUGGAUUGUACUGUUGCUCCCCCACAAAAGAAGGAAUGAGUGUUGUGUUUGAUCUACUAAGCAUUAAGCAUUCAGAUGGAACAUUUCAUCACAAGGCUUCAUAAUACAACUUUCUAAAUUAUUUUAUACUAAAAAUUAGGGUAUUUUAGAAUUUGUAUUCUUGAGGUAAUCUGUAUUUAUUCUGAUAAUUUGCAUUGUAUAUUAGAUAAUUUCCUGUCAAGGAUGAAUAAUCUACUUCAAUUGUUCCCUUCCCCUUAUCCCCUUCCCCCUGCCC